AUGCUCUACAGCGACUAACUAAAAAUCUAGAAGCAAAUUUUCAUUCCGUAUCAAACCAUCAUGACAUGAGGGUCUCCAAAAAAGCUCGAUUGGUUCUCGUCCUCACUCUCUUUUCGCAGAUUUGGGCUAUUCAUGGCCUUGAGCUGGUUCGCAAUGCUGGCCCCCGAGUGCGACGACAGGCCGCGGACACAACGACCACCGACACGACCACUUCCACUGAUACAACUUCAACAACAGACUCGACAACUACAACUGACACGACGACGCCGACGACGUCGACAACGGCUGGUAGCUCUAGUGACUCCUCAACUGCAUCAACAGACGCAACCACCACUACAACGGAAACAACUACUGAAACAACCACAGACACCAGCACCACUGGGACAGAUUCCCCAUCAAGUGCGUCUUCUACUGCCACUACAGCUUUCGUAACAAAUACAAAAACCACCACCAAAGCAACUCAGAACAAAGUGCAGUGCAGCAAACUCAGCUUCAAGAAUUUGGAAGGCUGCUGCGACAACCCGAAAUUCGACUUUUUCGUACAGAGCCAAAAAUUGGCGUGCAAUGAGCGGCACCACGACUCCGCUUUGUUUUCCAACACGCUUAUUUACAAGCUGCACAAGUUUCAAAACUCAAAGACAAAUCUGAUUGACUAUGCAGUUCGAGCUCUUUCUUAUCCAGCCUGCUUCACGGAGUGCUUAUUCAAGAACAUCAAUGCUUUUCCCAACAAAGCCUUGGACAAUGUGACCCUGGUGGCAUAUUUUGCCAAUAAAUUGAACUCGAAAAACAAUACAGCUUGGGUUGAUGCAUACGCUAAUGCGAUUGGCGCUUGCGUCUCAAUGUUCAAAGGUUUGCCAAGGAAAAAGACCGUGCGAGUGAACUUGCGGGGCAGAGUGGCUGGCGAGUGCGAACUGGAACCGUUUUUCGUGAUGCAAUGCGUUUUAAAGACAGUUAGCGAGGACUGUGAUGCAUCUACUGCAACUGCAAACGCCACAUGCAAGGCGACACGAGAAAAAUUCUCUUUGUGUAAUCCUGAUGGGUCGGCAAAAAGGAAAUACAUAAAAUAUUUCAAGAUCGUUUAUGAACGAAAUCGCCCAGUCGUCAUUCCAUUCUUCGGCAAAAGAGCCGGAUGAUAUCGUGAUGAAGUUCUAUAUUUUACCCUUUUGUUUCAGUUUGCUUUUUAAUAACAAUAAAUCAAAAGCCUUUCGAUUUUAA